AUGUUCGACACCCUCUGCUCCUUCCCGUUGGAAGCGGACCUCUUCGCCCAGGCAGUCCAUCCCACACGGCCAUUGGUCGCUGUCGGGCUGUCGAGCGGCCAUGUCUCCACGCUGACCCUUCCCCCCGCCGACGACGAAGAAGGCACGCACAAGAGGCGCCGGGGCAGCAAUGGCACCGAUAUCGUUGAUACGGCAUGGCGCACCAAGCGACACAAGGGGUCGUGUCGCUGUCUGGCCUACAGUCUAGACGGCAACACCCUCUACUCCGCCGGCACGGAUGGCAUUGUUAAAGCCGCCGACAGCGAGAGUGGGAAAGUGACGGGCAAGGUGGCCAUUCCCGCCGACCCCUCCCACCCCAACGCGACCAUUGAUGCGCCAACGGUGGUGCACGCCCUGAGUCCCCAGACGCUCCUGCUCGCCACGGACUCGGGAGCGCUACACCUCUACGAUCUGCGCGAUCCUGCCCCCUCACUGGCCACCGCGACAGCAGGAUCCAAGACGGCGUUUGUGAAUGUGCGGCCGGCGCAGACGCACCAUCCCCACGCCGACUUCAUCUCCUCCCUCACCCCCUUGCCCGCCUCAUCCGCCUCCACUUCCGGCUACAGCAAGCAGUGGAUCACCACCGGUGGCACCACGCUCGCCUUGACCGACUUGCGCCGAGGCGUCUUGGUCAAGAGUGAGGACCAGGAGGAGCUCCUUCUCUCCUCCCUCUACGUCUCCGGCCUGUCCGCCAAGAAGAGCUCGACGAGCAGCGGCGAGAAGGCGUUGGUGGGCGGCGGCGACGGCGUCAUCACUUUGUGGGAAAAGGGCCAAUGGGACGACCAGGAUGAGCGCAUCACCGUGUCACCGGAGAAGGAAACACUCGAUGCGCUGCAGCUCGUCCCAGAGGGGAUGGGUGGGUUUGGAAAGCAUGUCGCCGUCGGACUGGGCGAUGGCAAGAUCCGCUUCGUGCGGCUCGGGCACAAUCGCGUGGUGGCGGAACUCCUGCAUGAUGAAGUGGAGGGCGUGGUUGCGCUCGACUUUGACGUCGGACGGAGAAUGAUCUCAGGCGGCGGGCAGAUCGUCAAAGUAUGGGAGGAGAAUCGAGAGGGCGACGAUGAAGAAGAGCAAGAUGCGGAUGGUGUGGGCUCGGCGAAGAGAGCGGCUCGAGACAGUGAUGACAGUGAUGACGACGGUGGGGAGCAAGACAGCAGUGAGGAGGAGGAGGAGGAGGAGGAGAAGCCGGCGAAGAGGAAGAAAAAGAAGAGGAAGGGCAAAGGUGGUCCGCAAGAGAGCCUCUUCAAUUUCGCAGGCUUGGACUAG